ACAAAUUUUUUGGGCUAAUAUCUUAUUAUCUAAUUAAAACCUAAAUAUUAGGUUAAAAAUGCCCAUAAACCCUUAGCCCAUACAAUUGUGCCCUAGUUUCUUGUCUUCAUUUCUUCCCCGCCGCCGCUGGUUCUUCUUCUUCUCCCCUCUUUUUUCAACCGUACAGCUUUAACUUUUUUCUUCUGAUCGACCACCGCCACCGCUUCUUCUUCAAAACCUAAUACCAGUUUCGGAAGGAUCGGACACAUAUCCUGUGUGUGGCAGCCGUUCAGGCGAGUCCGAGCAACAGAGGUUUGAUGAACACGUGAUAUCUAGGAAAUUAGCCUACUGCCUGAUAUAUAUAUAUAUAUAUAUAUAUAUAUAUGAAAUAGGUGUGUGGUAAUGGUGAAAUCAAAGCAAAGACAGCUCGGAUUGAAGCAUUCAAACAAAAAAAAUGCUCGAGGUGGCCGCUUAGGCACUUCAUAUCCCAACUUUGAAUUGGAUCUGCUUGGAGAAGAUGGUUGGGUUGUAGUUAAAAAGCAGAGAGUCACCAUUCUUAUACCUCCAUUACCUUCCUCUAAGAAAUCAAAAAUGGCAAACCAAGGACCUGGUCAAUUGCAAGGCCAGAAAAAGGAGGAUGUUCAAAAGUCUCCUAAAUCCACUCCAUUGGCUCAUAAAAUGGGUAUGGAAAUUGCUAGACAACAAAUUUCAACUUCACCCACGUUUCCAGCUCUGGGUCCUGGAGUGGAGGAACCAAAGAAACCUGGUGGAGUGGUUGCUUUGAAAUCUCAUAAUAAAAUUGUCAAGAGUGUAAGAUCAAUGCAUUGUCCUAAUGCUGCCUUUUCAGGGAGCAUGUUACUGAAUCGAAGGCUAAGGGUUUCAAAUCUUGAGAGAAAGCUUCAACAAGCUGGUGGCCUUACCAGGUGGUUGAAAUCACUAGGAUUAGGUCAGUUUGUAAGGAUAUUUCAAGCAAAAAGUAUCAAUAAAUUCCAGUUAGUGAAUCUAAAUAUGCAAAAGCUAAAGGAUAUGGGUGCAGAUGCAGUAGGUCCAAGGAGAAAAUUGAUCCAUGCUAUUGACUGUGUCUGUCAGCCGCUUUGUUUCAAGGCCUGAAUCUAGUUGCCUUGCAAUUUGCUGGAUUAGAAUGUAGAUAUUGAACAAUAGAAUAUGUAUCCGUUAUGAACAAGGACUAUAUUGAACAAUACAGUUGAUUUCCACUUGCCUUA